AUAAGAAACUUGUUGUAUUUUGUAAGCUAUUUAAUAAACAAUGUCGAUUAUACCGGAGUCUGCAAAAAACUCUGAAUUACCAGUCGUUGAUAAAGAAGAAUUUAACACAAAAGUUCAAAACUAUUACAAAUCACACAGCGUGCACAGCAAAAAGUUAGAAUGGACAAGAGAAAGAAUAGAAAAUGUGAUCAAACUGUUAGAAGAAUAUAGCAAAAAUAAAUGUCGUGGCGUAAGAGCAACGAAUACACAAUACCACCACGCGCAUAAAUACGACGUCGUUAAAACAGGUAAUCAUAAGGUAUUAAUUCUCAAAAGAAAAGAUAGUUCACACCCAAUAUUAGAAAUGAUUCCAACAGAGGAUUAUUAUGAAAAAAUACUCGACGCCCACCUCGCCACUGGCCAUGGCCGGAGAGACAAAAUUGUCCAAUACAAAGACAGUCCCUGUUGCUCUAAAACCUAUACUUUCUGAUGACUUUAACCAGAAAGGACAAAUAAAUGUUUUAGACUUCCAAACUAGUCCUGAUGAAGAAUAC